AUGCCUUUUGCCACACUCAGAUGGCUCCAUGGCGAAGAGGAGAUCGCCCGGCACGAGGGAAACUUCGGGCUUGUGAUGCACAACUUCAUGAAGGUGUCUGGAGAAGUAGUUAAAAGACCGACCAGGACGGACGAGCUGAAAAAGGCUGGUUGGAAGGAGCACCAAACAGCAGAGCCCACGCUGCACGAGGGCACCUCCCUGCGCUUGUUUUUCGACGACCUCUGCUGUGAGAUCACCUUCAGCACGGUGUUCGAAGCCGGCGAGUACUUGAGCGAGGCCACAGCUCUGUGGAAGAAGAAGUCCGCCCCCAAAAGCGCACCGAUCAAGGCUCCGGAGGUCCUGCCAAAGCCUGCACCCGAACCUCCCAGGAAGAAGCAAAAGAUCGACGACGAUGGCUUCGAGGUCAUGUCCAACAUGAACACGCUGAGAAUCAGGAACCCCGUCGCUGAGUCCCUGAACUACAAGCGGGCGGUCCUGGAUUCCAAGGUAGUGACGAAGACCUCCGACGAUCGGCCCCUGGCGCGGCCGAGCCAGCCACUGCGGCGCAUGCAGCCACAGAGGAAUGCGGUUCUUCAGAGGAAAGUGUCCAAUCCGCUGCAGGACUCCUCCGUCUACCACGGCUACCGAUCCUCCUUAGCUUUCGGGCUACAGAACUUAGGCAACACGUGCUACCUCAACGCGGUCACCCAGGCCGUAGGCGCAUCUCGCGAGUUCGUCGGAGAGCUAACGUCCAUGGCAACGCGAUGGCCUCAUUGCACAAACGGCCCGCUCUUCAAGUGCAGCGUUGACAUCCUGCAGCGCUUGCAGGCCGCGCAAAAUGCACCGCUGAGCCCUGCCAAGCUUCGAGAGCAGAUCGCCAUCGCCGCGCCAAUGUUCAGAGGUAGCGGCCAGCAAGAUGCCCACGAAUUCUUCUUGGAGUACAUCAACCAGCUUCACGACGAGCUCUUGAGGGGUCACAAGGACUGCCUGGCCCGGACUUCGGCGGAGGAUCAAGAACCUGUGCUUGCCACACAGAACCACUUUGAUGCGGAGCUGCUCAAGCAAUUGACGUGCACGCAGUGUGGGAAGCCUCGUCAGGUGACUGAGCGUUUCCGAGACUUCUCCUUGGACUUCCGCACUGACGUCAACCCGCUCUCCAUCGAGGCUAUGUUUCGCAGCUACUUCGACGCAGAGACCGUCGAGGCGAAAUGCGAGCACUGCGAAGCUACCUCGGCCCUGCUGGAGACGCAGCUUUCGGAGGCCCCGCGGGUCUUGGUGUUGCACCUCAAGCGCUUCGUUCCGAACAUGGAGCAGCAACGCUACGAGAAGCAGCAUCAGUCCGUCCAGAUCCCCUACAUGUUGGAUGUGGAAGACAUCCUUGGCAAGGGCAGCACCACAGGCCCGCUGCCGGAGCUCCGGGCUCCGAGGCUUCAGGGCAUCGGCGUGCAGUUGCCUCUGCUCGGAAUCUCGAGGAGCAUAGGUGGUUUGAUCGCCGAGCCGGCAGAGGGGCCCGUGUACAAGCUCCGUGCCAUCGUCUCACACGAAGGGGCAUCGCCAAGGUCUGGGCACUACGUCUGCUACGCGGAGUCUGCAAAAGGGGAGUGGUUCCUCUUUGAUGACUCCCGCGUCAAGCAGUUUGUUGCCGGUGAGGAGCCAUGGACAACCCUGGGAAGCAAAGCAUACAUGCUGCCGCUUGAGCAGCACCCAGUUCAUGCAUAG